AUGUCUACCGCAGAUAAAGUUGACACAGCUGGAAGAUCCCGCGUACGAACUUCCGAAACAACACCAGCUAAAGUUGGUUCGGAAGACACUGGCGGUAAGACUAAAGCCAAACGCGUCGCUAAAGUUGGAGCAAAGAGCACCUCAAAAACUUCCAAAAGCUUCAAAGCCGGACUUACAUUUCCAGUUGGUCGUAUGGGUCGACUUCUCAAGAAAGGACGUUACGCUGAUCGUGUAGGUGCAGGUGCACCAGUUUAUUUGGCGGCUGUUAUUGAAUAUUUGACAGCUGAAGUUCUCGAACUUGCCGGGAACGCUGCACGCGAUAACAAGAAACAAAGAAUUAUUCCUAGACAUUUGCAACUGGCUAUACGAAAUGACGAAGAACUAAACAUCUUGCUUAGAAACGUCCAUAUCUCCGAGGGAGGUGUGCUUCCAAAUAUUCAUGCGGAACUUCUUCCUAAGAAGAAGGGUGAAAAAGUUAAGUCAAGCACCACAGAACCUCCAAAAAAACCAAAAGCCAAAUCUCAAGGGGCAAAAACAACUGCUGCUGCUUCUUAA